CAGUGAGUGUCGGCCAGUUUGUCAAGGGAAACUGGGCGCUGCGCUGCACAUGCCUGCCCUUUCCAGCUUUCCAGGCUGCAGAUGUCGGAGGAGCUGAAUCCUUCAGUAAGUGUCCCUUGGCAUGGGUCCCCAAACUGCAUUUCAAAGGCUCGCAGCGCGGCUGGUACCAGUGUUUGCUGCUGUUGUUGCCAGGAAAGAAGAUAAGAGAGUACACACACCACCUGACCCUGCAGCGUGGAGAGAAACUGAUCCCUAUUGGAAUCUGUCUGUAAAAGUCCUCCAAGGCAAAAACAUUCCCAAGCAUGAUAUCUGGUCUCAGUCAGAUUGCUAUGUGACACUCCGGCUCCCCACUGCCUCAGCCAAAACCUACCGCACCAAGACUGUGGCCAACUCCAGCAAUCCUGUGUGGAACGAGACCUUCCACUACAGAAUCCACAGCCAUGUGAAGAACAUUUUAGAGCUGAACGUGUAUGACCAGGAUUUGCUUCCCCGAGACGACCUGUGUUCUAAAGUGCUGUUUGACAUUGAUAACCUGUCACCUGGGAAGACAGAAAAGAAAGUCUUUGUGCUGGACCCUGAGAGCAGAGACGAGCUGUGGGUGGAGUUUUCCUUGGAGGAGAGCAAUGAGCCCCCAAGCCAAUAUAUCACUAAUGGAGUACUGGUGGCUGGUCCUUUUUCACUUUUGGAGGUCAAAGUGAAUGAAAAAUGGUUUAUAGAUGCAGAUAAAGAUGUGGUUCUGAAGCUGACGGGAGCGUACGAGGAAGAACAGGUUGUGUUCCGUCCCUCUCAGGUGUCUGGCCCUUCCCAGCCUCUCACCUUCUACAUUAAUGGAGACCUGGAGACAGAGCUCAGGGUCAGGCUCACCUCAGCCAAGACAGAAGAUAUCAAUGAGGAAGAUGAAGAUGAAGACCAGGGAGAUGGAAAAGAUGAAGCUGAGGAUACCUCAGCCCUGUCCUCUGUGCUUGUGAAGUCUCUCCCAGCAGGGCAGGAAGUGUUGCUGUCAGUUCCUGUAGGAGAGGAUGACAUCGAUCUUCAGCUGAGGACUAAAGAUUGUUCAGAGGAUCUUGAUGUGCGCCUGAGUUUUGAUAUCCCAGAGGAAGAGAAGAAGUUUCUGGAGAAGAGGUCUUCAAGGGUGUGCCAGGGCUUUCAAAGAGCACUCCAGCUGAGUAGCACACCUGAUUCCCAGGAGGUUCCUGUGGUGGCGGUAGUGGGAUCUGGGGGUGGGACUAGAGCAAUGACUGCAUUUUAUGGAUGCCUGAAGGGGCUUCAGAACCUGGAUAUUCUAGACACCGUGACCUACAUUUCUGGGGUCUCAGGUUCAACAUGGGCCUUGUCCAGUCUGUAUGCAGAUGCUGACUGGUCACAGAAAGACCUGCAAGGGCCAAUCAUGCAAGCCCAGUCUGAAGUCUGCAAGAGUCAUCAUGGAGUGUUCUCUCCAGCACAGCUGAGUUAUUACUACCAGGAGAUCCAGCAGAGAAGACAAGAGGGCCAGCUCGUGUCUGUAAUUGAUUUGUGGGGGCUUAUUAUUGAGUAUUUCAUUCAUGGGAAGAGGGAUCCUCGGACACUUUCCAAUCAGCAGGAGACAAUAGCACAAGGACAAAACCCCUACCCCAUCUACUUAGCUGUCAACAUGAAAGAUGCAAUUAAGGGAACCGCAGAUACAGCUGAAUGGUGUGAGUUUACCCCACAUGAGAUUGGGUUCCCCAAGUAUGGAGCAUUCAUCCGCACGGAGGACUUUGGCAGUGAGUUCUACAUGGGUCACCUGAUCAAGAGACACAGUGAGACACGACUGACCUUCCUGCUGGGACUAUGGAGCAGCAUCUUCUCCUUUAACCUAGCCAAGGUGUGGAGCUCCCUCACAGGCUCUGUACCCACCUGGAUGCAAUGGCUGAGGGAUGCUGUGCGAAAGAAUGAUGAGAUCAACCCCUUUGAGCCAACUGCCUUAGACACCUACUUAAUCUCUCCAGUCAAUGACCUUGCCGAAGUACUGAAUGGCUUCCUGACUGACAGGCCAGUCAUUGGGCAGAGCUACAAUUUCCUGCGAGGGUUCAGUCUGUACUGGGACUACAGUCAGAACAGCAGCUUCAUGGCCUGGAAAGAUACCCAUCCAGAUGCCUUCCCUAACAGCUUGACACCCUCCGAUUCUAAACUGCACCUGGUAGACUCAGGAUUCGCCAUCAACACGGGCUUUCCUCCUUUAUUCAGACCUCAAAGGAAGGUGGACAUCAUCCUCUCCUUCAACUUCACCUGGGGUGACCAGUUCAAGGCUCUGAAGCUGACAGAGCAGUAUUGUGCUGAUCACCGCCUGCCCUUCCCACGCAUUGAUCUCAGUGGCUUGGAAGGACGCCCCCUGCAGGAGUGUUAUGUGUUUGCAGAUGACCAUGAUCCACGUGCCCCCAUAGUGGUCCACUUCCCUCUCACCAAUGCCUCCUUCAGGGAAUAUCGGGCUCCCGGUGUGAAGCGUGUCGGGGAGGAAGAGCUGAAGAAGGGGGAGGUCGACGUCACCAGCACAGCCUCGCCAUACAGGACGUACGACAUGAGUUACAGCGCUGAAGAGUUCGAGCGGCUCGUGGCCCUCGCGGCUUACAAUGUUGUCCACAGCAAGGAGGCCGUCCUCGGGGCACUGCGGCAGGCGCUGGCCAGGAAGAGACUCGCAAAGGCGGCAUCCUAGUCUCUAGCCAAAGGAAUCAGUCUGGCUUGUGAUUAAGGUCAGCAGUUUUCACCACAUCGCUGGGAUCUUCCUUGAGAAAAAUGUUACCUCAUUAUUACCAAACGUAGUGUUGAACUCUCACAUGUGGUUUGGAAACCCAUGACUGGGACUAAGGACUGUUUUUGACUCUCUUUCUCACACUGUUUGAAUGUAUUCCUAUAUUUAGGAGAAGAUCAUCUGAACCGAGGAAUGUCUUUUUAAAAAAAACUUUAUAUAUUUCUUCACCAAUGUAGUAAUAUUCCUAAAUCAAUUGUCUGCUGAUGUUUUAUAAGAUAUCAAUUGAUUUUUUUCACAAAAGAAAGGCAGCUGAUUAACCACCCUUUGAGAAUAUGAAGCUGCUCUUGACUGAGUAAGUAGUUCCUAUGACUGUGAAGGAGUCAAUUUAAGUCAUUAGAAGAUCUUGAAACAUGCAAAUUGAUCACAACUGUCUGUAACGGGUGCAGUAAGAAAUUGGUGUCCCUCAAAAAUACUUGGAGAUAUAAAUGCACAUUUCGUUUAAAAUCCUAAUUUUUAUGAAUAACUGCUCUGAACUUUUGAAGUAUGUGCUUAUAAAACUGAAUAUGCAGUAGGGUGAGAUUUUAACAAUUAUAUAAAUUUGAUCACACUUAAAAUUGUGAUAUGUACUGCACAGUUCUAGG